GCAUGGUGGAGAAGCGGUGCCCGCUGCAGAGGGACGGCGUGUACCGCUGGUUCUCCGAGCUUCCGUCCCCGCAGCGGGUGGAGUUCCUGUGCGGCCUCCUGGACCUGUGCAUCCCGCUGGAGCUGCGCUUCCUGGGCUCCUGCCUGGAGGACCUGGCCCGCAAGGACUACCACUCCCUGCGGGACUCGGAGAUCAAGGCCAACAACCCCGCCGACCUGGGCAGCCUGACCAACCUGACGGACGAGGUGGUCCGCAGCAAGCUGCUCGUCUCGCUGGCCCUGCUGGGCUCCGAGCAGCGGGAGGCGGCCGGGGUCCUCUACCGCACCCUCACGCACAUCGACUCCGUCAUCCACGACUACGGGCUGCAGCUCAACGAGGGCCGCACGGGCGAUGAGUUCCUGCUGCUCUUCACCAUGGCCUCCAACCACCCCGCCUUCAGCUUCCACCAGAAGCAGGUCUUGAGGCGGGAGCUCACCCAGAUCCAGGGCAGCCUCGCCGGUGGUGGUGCCGGGGCCGGUGGUGGUGCCGGUGGUGGUGCCGGUGGCGGCGGCCGCGGGCAUGGGCACGGCAAGAGCCCCCCGGCCCACGCCAGCCCCCUGCCCACCUGUCCGGCUUGUCACAAGGUCACUCCAAGAGCUGAGACCCCUGUAAACAGUGUCAGUAACAGUUUGGAAAAUGCACUACAUACAUCAGCACAUUCCAUUGAAGAGUCAUUACCUAAGAGACCUUCAGGAAAACACUCCAAAGUGAGUGUUGAAAAGAUUGAAUUGAAGGGAUUAUCGCACAAGAAGAAUGAAAGAAUUGUUGAAUGUUCCUUUGAGGUCUCAUGGUCUGAUUCUUCAGUAACAUCAAUAACCAAAUCUUCCACUGAAGUGACUGAAUUUAUUUCAAAGUUGUCUCAGCUGUACCCUGAAGAAAACCUGGAAAAAUUCAUUCCUUGCCUAGCUGGUUCAGAUUCAUUUUAUCUAGAAAGAAACCACAUGGACCUGGAAUCGGACCUAAGGUAUUUGGCCUCUUUACCGUCACAUAUAUUGAAAAAUGACCACGUUAAGAAAUUCUUCAGCACUUCAUCUCUCAUCCAACAACUUCGAAGUUCAAGUCCUGGCAACCUUUCCCUUUCUAAAGUAGGCACUAUGAUGGGGAUAUCUGGAAGACCCGUGUGUGGAGUAGCCGGCAUUCAGUCUUCCCAGAGCACCAGUCAACAUCACAUACCGCACUCGGCUAGCGCAGCCGUAGCACUGCCCCACUGCUCUCCUUCAGGGAGUGCUGGCUCAUCGUUGGCUUAUCGCACCCAGAUGGACACCACUUCCCCCAUAUUAAUGUCUUCCAGUCUGCAGACCCCUCAGACCCAGGAACAAAAUGGGAUUUUAGACUGGCUCAGGAAACUGCGUUUGCACAAGUACUACCCUGUCUUCAAACAGCUCACAAUGGAGAAGUUUUUGAGUCUUACCGAGGAAGAUCUGAAUAAAUUUGAAUCUCUAACCAUGGGAGCAAAGAAAAAGCUGAAGACUCAGCUAGAGCUAGAAAAGGAGAAAUCAGAGAAACGGUGCCUAAAUCCUUCAUUGCCAUCUUCAGUUACCAGCAGUGGAGUGGCCAGGGUCCCACCUACUAGCCAUGUAGGACCUAUCCAAAGCAUCCGUGGCACUCAUGCUGCAGAGUUACGCGUGGAUGUGGAACAGCCAACUCACCAGGUGCCCCGAGAAGGCAGUUCUUCUGAGUAUUCCAGCUCCUCUUCUAGUCCCAUGGGAAUCCAGGCCCGCGAAGAGAGCUCCGACAGCGCUGAGGAAAAUGAGAGACGUUUAGAGAUUCACUUGGAAGGUACAGAUAAGGAGAAGCCAGUCAUGUUACUGAAUCAUUUCACCUCAAGCUCGGCCAGACCCACGGCUCAGGUUCUACCAGUGCAGAACGACGCGGGCUCAAAUCCGUCCAGUCACCAUCCUCUGCCAGCGCAAAUGAUGACGGGGGCCGCCUCUCACAUAGCCCCUAUUCGAAUGCUGAGUUCAGUACACAAAUCGGAAAGAGGAAACACCGAUGUGAAGCUGCUUUCGUCCCCUAUACACUCACUUUUGUCUCUCGAAGAAAGAAGUAAGGUCGCACCUGGACCGAGAGGCAGCAUUAAAGUGGAAAAGAGCUUUGGGAAUGCAAUGAUGGAUGUGUUACCCACGUCCUCUCCCCAUCAGCCCAUCCAAGUCCUCUCUGGAGUUCCCGAGAACAAUUCGGUCUCACCCACCGUUACCUUUGGUCCCCGGGCCAAAGUAGUGCAUGCUUCCACUCUGGACAGAGUGAUCAAAACAACGCCACAGCCAGCAUUAGUAGUGGAAACUAGUACUGCUGCCACUGUAACGUCCAGCACGGUCUUCCAUGUGGCUCGUCCGCCAAUCAAACUCCUGGUACCUUCGUCUGUUCCUGCUGAUUCUGCUCUCUCCGGACAAACGUCCUGUUCUAAUAACGUGCAGAUAAGUGUGUCUCCUGCAAUAAUAAAUCCCAGGACUGCUCCGUAUACACCCAACACCAAAGUUGCCUUUUCUGCAAUGAGCAGUAUGCCAGUGGCCCCCAUGCAAGGCAGCUUCUGUGCAAAUGGUAACACUGCCUCUUCCAACAGCCACCCGUCCACAUCAUUUGCGAACAUGGCCAACCUGACCAGCUGCCCCGCCCCCAGUUCUAGCCCCACACUCUCUUCCGUCACUGAAAACAAUUUCUAUAGCGGCGGCGGCGGUAAUAGUGGCUCUACGGGAACUCUCCCGGUACCAAAUCAGAAUAAUCACCAUCACCACCACCACCACCACCAUCAGCAGCCGCAGCAGCAGCAACAGCAGCAGCCACCCGGAUGCAUAGUUUGUACUUCCUGCGGGUGUAGUGGGAAUUGUGGUUCAAGUGGUAUGACGGUCAGUUAUGCUAACUAUUUUCAGCACCCGUUUUCAGGACCUUCUAUGUUUACUUUUCCAUUUCUGCCCUUCAGUCCCAUAUGCAGCAACGGCUAUAUCAACACGCAGCAGUACAACGGCGGCACGACUUUCCCCGUGGUUCAUUCCCCCUAUAACGGUAACUUAACGCCCGACUCGGUUCUGAGCGGGCAGUCCACGUUUGCGGUGCCGCCGAUGCAGAACUUUCUGGCGGGGACGGCGGGGGUGUACCAAGCCCAGGGAAUGAUGGGGAACGGCAACGGUUCGGGCCACAAAAAAAGUGGGAACCUUUCUUGCUACAACUGUGGGGCCACCGGUCACCGUGCUCAGGACUGCAAGCAGCCACCGAUGGAUUUCAAUCGGCAAGGUACUUUUAGGUUGAAAUAUGCCCCUCCAGCAGACAGUCUUGACUCCACAGAUUGAUAUUUUUCUGUCAACAGAACACUAUUAAGCCAUGGAGACAAGGAAAAUUAAAUUCAAACCUGAGAAGUCUAGUCGCUGUUGAGCUUAAUACUUUUAAUCCAAAGGUGCUUUACUUUACUAGACUGGCUAGAAAAUCUAGGUUAGGGGUGCCUCAAACCCAGUUUUAUCGAUUGCCAAAAUCCUAGUUUGGAGCUUGAUGUCAGGACUUGCCUAGUGGAUAUCACAGAUGGUUGGUGAAGUUGGCCACCUACGUUCUUUGUUGCAAUGCAAAAAAAAAUAUAUAUAUAUUACCUGAAGAGCAUUGCCGUACUUGGUCCUUCUAGGCUGAAACACGUAAUUCCAGGGCAGCUACAUGUGAUCCGAAUUGAGAGCCGGAGGUGGAAGUUUCAAGGCGGAGUUUCACUAGCCGGGCUUGACACCCCAAGGCUAGUUUGAAACGAACCCGAAGAACACCAGUAGUCAUGUUGACUUCUACCCCAAGGCUUACCGCUAACGGAUUCAGACUGAUAUUUCGACAGUAACACAAUUUUAUUAUUGAUCAAAAGACUUCAAAGUUUUCCUGUCGGCCUCCUUUGUUGCAAUAGACUGUAUUUCACUGGUUAAUUGUAUUAACUACCUAGAACCUGGCAUUUGAAGUGAUAAAUCUUGGAUGGAAGCCACAAGAGGUGUAUGCCACUUAUUUGAAAUGAUAUAUAGCUUUGCCAAGUUGGAGGAAAUGAAAUCCUAACUGUUCGGCUCCAAAUGUCAUCCACUGGAACGAUAACUUUUGUUUUAAGGCGGGGAUUAGACAUCAUAGGGGUCUCUGCCAAGCGCAUGUUACCAAAUUCUGAAGCCUGUAUCAAAAAAAUACUGACACAAAAGGCUGGUAGAUUGGGCAUUUGGGGGUUUCCAGCAAGCAUUUGGGAAUUGGAAAUAUUUGGACUGUUAUAGUGGGACAGAGCCUCAAGCUCAGCUCAGUAUUAUCAGAACUAUCCCCUGAAAUUGGUACAAAUACAGAGGCAUUGUAACAUGAGAUGGCGGUGAUACUUCAAAUUUGUGGAGGUCCUGUUUUCCAACCUUAUGGAAACCAAAGCAAAAAGUCGUGUGAUAUUUGGUUGUAUGAAAAGCAGUUCAUAAAAGAAUUUAGUAAUUUCUUAUUUCUAUGCAAUGUAGAAGCUACCGACCUCUGUAUUCUCAGCCCUGUUCAUGUACUCAGUACUACAGCGUUGAAUAAUUGUGAUGUUUGCAAUGACUAUUUUGAGGAUGUUACACGAUCUCUUGUGAAAUUCUAAGACCUAAAUACGUGGGAGUGAUGAGAACUGACACAAUGCAACUUUGCCUUAAAGAGUUCUAGACAGUAGGAGCAACUUGUCAUGCUAUAUGUUUUUGUUGAAGGAAGACUUUAGGAGUUUUCAUUGAUGUUUACGAUUUUAAUAUUUUUGAAGGCCUUUUCAGGGGCCUGGAUGUGUGCUGAAAGCCAAACUUUUAACCUUUUUUUAAAAGAAUAUUUUAAUUGUAUUUAAAUAAACCCUGUUUCAACACAAUGCAACAGUUGAAAUACUCUUGUCUCAAAAUAGCAAAAAAAAAAAAAAAUUGUUUGUGAGUUGUAUUUUGUUUUAGUGGCCAAUACUGGGGAGUAAACCCACGUGUGUUACCCUUCUGAAUAGUUCAAAAAGUAUUAACCAGUGUGUUUUAAGGAUUUAAGGAUGAUCCGACUUUUAAAGUAAACAUAUUUGAUUUACAGGUUUAAAAAGGAGAAUUGGGCAGUGUAGCUCACACAUUGGAAAACUGCCAAAACAAACUGGUUAAGGAUACAUUUUUUUUCUUGUAUAUGGCUGUUAUCGUGUGAUGUCAGAGGAGGGCAUUGAAGUUCAAGAAAGUUUCAAAAUUAAAGGGAAGAAAUCCCUAAUGCAGAAACCGUUUAACUGCCCAGUGUUUGAAAGGGCUUUCCCCUAAGGAAUAUUCCUGCUUUAAGGUAUCAGAAUAUUUUACUGGUAGUGUUAUUUGGUUCAUUUCUCCCAAGAACAGCCAAAGUUCAUAAACUUAAAUAGCAUGAGAAGAACCUUUAAUCGGUCUUAAAAGGCACCAAGUUCUCUCUUCCCUUUUAAAUACAUAACAGCUUUGAGUUGUGAUCUUAAUCUCAGUGGCUAAAGCAACCAGGGAGGUGUUGGCAAUCCCCACUUCUCUACUACAGUACCAUGUGUCUGUCUGGCAGCCACUUAUUUAAAAAAGAAAAAAAAAAAUAAAGCUCUGGACCCCAUUUUAUCCUCAAGAAUUUGUAGGAAAAAGUGAAAUGUACAGAUACAUUUGGGGUACAGAUAGAAAUGUAGCAUACGUUUGGGUAAAACAAAUUAUUUCAGCUUUUAUGCAGAACACUUAAAUACCUUAUUUCUAACUUUUAAUUUUGGUAGUCUAGGAAAUUUUAAGUGUUUAAAACUUUAAAAACUUCCUAAUUCCCGAGGAGCACUGAAUAAAUACGGGGUCUAGCACGUGUAAAAUAACUUUAUUUUAAACUUAAAAGCAUUUACGUGAUUGGAAGUAUUGGGAAUAGAACAAACCAGCAUUCUCUGUAACCUCUGCAAGGCUCCAGGAGUCUAUUUGUUCAUAGUAAACAGUAGAUUCAGUAUUUGUAGUAAAUAUAUAGAACUCUGGAUCCUUUAUUCCAAGAGGUCAGUGUGGUCGAUUUUACACUACCAACAUAAGUAUUGAGGCACAGCAGUAGUAACUUUACCUAAAUGUUAUCACUGAGAUCUCUCAAAUCAUUAAACUUCGUGAGCACAGUGUACAAAGGCUUCCACUGUUCAGUUUAAUCCAAUAUUGCUCGUGAAUACCUGCUCAAAAUUAAUGAGCGUCAACAAACCGCCCCCACCUUUUUCUUUUGGCAACCUCCCCCACGAUACUUAAAUACUUAACAUGGUGUGCUGUGUAGUCCCAGACUGAUAACUGGUGGCGUUACAUGUUGGAAAGUCUUAAAGAACAUAAGGGGAACCGUACCUCUGUUCAACUCCUCCGCCGAUUAGAAGAAAACCCAUCAGCUCCUUAUGUACAACCAAGUUUUGUCGUCCAUAGUUAUCUGUACUAUGGAUCUGUCCCAAAGAGUAAAGCAAAUUGUUUACAAUUAAAGCCAUGGAUUCGAAGAGGCCGAAUUAUUUUAAAACUCCAUGGAUCGUACUGAACGUCAGCAUACUCAACUGUUUUAACACUUGCAAUAUUCUAAAAGACGAUACUGUGCUGGUUGAGGCCAAAGGUAAAUGUUACUACUACAAUAUUAACUCUGAAGGAGGGGAGCAAAGGUCAUCAUCCCCAAAUAAUAUCAUAAACUUCAUAUGUAUUGUAACAACUCUCAUCAUACUUUUCUAUAUCUGUUUAUAAGUUCUUACACACAGUCUAGCAAAAGAUGUUUGGUACUGAGAUUGAAAGCAAAUCUUCGUGUACUCAAGUACAAGGUAACGUCACAGCUUCUUUUGGACAUAACUUUCUGCUAGGAAUGAAGGAAAAUUCUACUCCCAUUUUUGAGCCAUUCUUUUACUUCAGUCAAUUCUAGUAUUACAAAUUGUGCAUGUAACUUUAUAAAUAUUUUUAAAAGAUAUAGUUUUGUAAAUAUUUAAUAUUCAGCUAAUUUGAUUUUGAAUUGUAAAUGUCCAGUAUUCUGUUAUUGGGAUUUUUAUGUUUUAUUAUACUUUGUUAAAAAGGAAAAAUUGUACAUUUUUAGAAUGUUUUUAUGAGUAAAUUUAAUGUACUGAAAAUAAAAAUUAAAACAGG